AUGGCAACACUCACUCUUCUUCUGACCGCGAUCUCGCUGGUCUCGGCUUCUCCCAGGCCCACUGAUACACCCCCAAACCCCCCAAUCCUCCCAGGCUCCUCCAUCUCCCUCAACGCCCUCUGCGGCGCCUACAACGGCAGCGCAACCUGCACCAACAGCGGCUUCGGCAACUGCUGCAGCCAGUUUGGCUACUGCGGCAGCAGCACUACGCACUGCGGCGACGGGUGCCAGACUAACUACGGCACCUGCGGGAUCCCCACGACGUACUCAUGGACCGAUCUCGGCUGCUACACGGACAACACCAACGCGCGCACCCUCAACACCUCCAUCCUCGUCUCGGGAAAUACAGUGCCCAAGUGUCAGGCCGCGUGCAGCGGCGCGGGAUUUACCCUCGCGGGUGUCGAGUACGGAUCGCAGUGCUUUUGCGGGACCGCGAUUCUUAAUGGUGGGGUGCCCAUUACAACCGGGGGAACUUGUAACAUCCCAUGCGCAGGUGACUCCGCGCAGAUCUGCGGCGGAUCCGAUGCACUCAACCUGUACUCGCUCAUCCCCGUGUGGCAGAGCAUCGGGUGCUACUCAGAUAGCACGCUGAAGCGAACGCUCGCGGUGUCGUACAAUGUCGCCGGGAACAGCGUCGAGCGGUGCACGGCUGCUUGCCAGGCGGGUGGCUAUGAGUACGCGGGGAUGGAGUUUGGCACACAGUGCUUCUGUGGGAAUUCGAUUGACAAUGGUGCGACGCUCUCUGCGGCGUGUGCGACCAAGUGUCCUGGGAAUGCGGCCCAGACGUGUGGUGGGCCCAAUGCGCUCAGUAUCUAUCAGCUCUUUGGGAACUAG